AUGUCGGUCUCGAUCGAGGUCUUGGUUGUAAAGGAAUUGGUUUUGGAAGACUCAAUUUCUUGCAAUUUAUUAAAAUCCUUGUCCCAAGUAAUUUCGUCAGAUCCAUGCGUUCAUCAACCAUCGAAUGGAUUCGUUUGCAUCGGUUGUGAUUUGUUGGCAACUUGUGUGAAGCAACAUGACAAAUGGGAAGCAAUCCCUGUCGAAUUAUGUGACACUUCCGCAGGUUACUCUUGUAACAUGAUCGAAGGUUCUUGCAGCAACAAAACGGGACCUUGCAAGCCAAUCAACAACGGAGCUUUCUCUUGUACUUCAGCAGGAACCUUUCCAGAUCCCUUUGACUGCCAAUCGUAUCAUGUUUGUUACAAAAACGGCAACCAAAUGAUCUCCAUAGAUAUUACUUGUGACGCGGGAGUUGCUUUCAAUCCUUUCACGGGAGAUUGUUCUUUGACCUUAAACGCUGAAGUUUGUCACAAAGAAGGAUUUUCGUGCAAAAAGGCGGGCGACAUGGGUCCAUGGUUGCACAAUCCAAACUUUUUCUACAUUUGCAAAGCUGACUUUGAAAGCGGUGAAAAAAUUAUUUAUCCAGAAUUGUACAAAUGUGAACCCAAUUCAAGUUUUGUUAAAGACGAAUGUGUUAAAAAUGGGUUAACAACGCAAAAACCUCUGCCGGGCGUUGAGUGUUCCAAACCUGGAGUUUUUGAGGAUGUUACAAGUUGUAAGCAUUACAUUUAUUGCAACAAAGAGUUGGUUGGCGAAAGAUUCGAAUGUCCUGAAAAUACUUACUUUAAUACGAAAUACUUGUCAUGUGUUCGGGGAAGUUGUUAA